CUGGGACGGGGACAAUGUCAGGCAGUAAUCAGCAGACUCUCUGCAGGCAGAAAGCUUUGGAUCUGCUCUUUGACUCUGAAUUCUGCAAAGGAAGCAUGGAUAGGAUGCUGGAGUCAAGAUACUUUGCCCUGUGUAGUUCCUGUGCGUGGUGGUGUGAGGGGAACAGAGAGAGAGGGAAAUGAUAAAAGAAGCAUCAUUUCUUCACGUUGUUUGUAACUCUGCUAGUAUUUACAAUUGUCAAACCCUCCCCUCCGUUCUUUCUGGAGCUAUAACACACCUCGGCAAUGACUAGAAGAAGAAAUUAUUGGCUAUUGUAUAUGCAGUCAUCUGGCAUGCUGCAGAUAUAGCAGGGAAAGCAGGGACCACUCACUAACAGAGCAAAGCAGCUUUCAGUGUGGAGCUUGGGGAUGCUUGGAAGGAAAGAAAGGAGUGAAAAGACUGGCACUGGGUCACCUGAAUCUGACAAGCCCAGGAGAGCAGGUGGGGAAACAGAGAUUUGACAGAUGAAAGGAUUAUGUGGAAUGUCAAGGGAGCAAGUCAUCGAGGAGAAGAGGUGGAAAGAAAUGCAAAAAGGACACAUUAAGUGAGAUCCCUUCCUAAAGUCAGAAACAGUGUGCUGGGCAUUUGAGUCAGACCCUGCACACAGGACAAAGGGGAUUCUUUUUUUAAAAAAUGGCAGCUGCCUCCUCUGCCUCUCACACCUGGAAGUAAAGCCCGGGUCUUAAAUUGGCAAAAGAUGAAGAGAGAGUGCAUUGACUGAGUUGGCAGCAGAUAGAAGAAUUUUGAAAAAGCAAACCUGAGAGUUCCCCUUUCCCUGCCUGCGACCUCAGAACUGAGCUGUCCAAAGGAGGACAGGACAAAGGGAAAAUCACAUUGGAUUCAGCUCCCCACAGGCAACAAGAAAAACGGGUCUUUACUGGAGGGUUUGUUCAUCAGAACUUUACCUCUGCUUCCAAGCCAUGGGCAGACACUUCUGGUUCCCCUUGCAGUACAUCUCCAAGCCCUUCUGGAGGUCAGAGGAUCACAAUGGCACUAACUUCUUCUCUGCCUUCUAUGGCUUUCCCAACCAGUCUUCAUUUUUCCACGGUGAUUUGGACCUGGAUGACAUGGGGGAUUUUGACAGCAGCACCAGAUAUGAAGGGGAGUCCCAGAGCCGGACAGUCAAGGCACUGCUCAUUGUGGCCUAUUCAGUGAUCAUCUGCAUCUCGCUCUUUGGAAAUAUCCUGGUCUGCCACGUGGUGACCAAGAACAAGAGGAUGCACUCAGCCACUAGCCUCUUCAUCGUCAACCUGGCUGUUGCGGACAUCAUGAUCACCAUCUUGAAUACACCCUUUACCCUGGUGCGUUUUGUGAGCAGUACCUGGGUGUUUGGAAAGCUGAUGUGCCAUAUAAGCCGAUUUGUUCAAUACUGCUCUGUCCACGUGUCUGUGCUUACCCUUGCAGCUAUUGCACUGGAUCGACACCAGGUUAUAAUGCACCCUCUGAAACCACGGAUGUCCAUUGUGAAAGGAGGGAUUUGCAUCAUUAUAAUCUGGGUUAUGGCCAGCUGUUUCUCUCUGCCCCACGCGAUCUAUCAGAAUCUAGCAAAAUUUUAUAUUGGCAACAGAACUAUACGAAUGGUCUGUCUUCCGAGCUUCCCUCCUCCUGCCGAUCUUUUCUGGAAGUACCUGGACUUGACUACAUUUGUACUUUUGUAUGUGCUGCCCUUGCUUGUGAUCUCCAUCACAUACACUAUGGUGGCCAAGAAGCUCUGGCUGAGGAAUGCCAUUGGGGACAUCACCAUGGAGCAAUACUAUGCCCAUCAGCGGAAGAAGAAGAUGACGCUGAAGAUGCUAAUGGUGGUGGUGGUGGUCUUUGCUGUCUGCUGGUUCCCACUAAACUGCUACCUAGUGCUCAUUUCCAGUAGGGCCAUCCACAGCAACAAUGCUCUAUAUUUUGCUUUCCAUUGGUUUGCCAUGAGCAGCACCUGUUACAACCCUUUCAUUUACUGUUGGCUGAAUGAAAGCUUCCGUUCCGAGCUCAAGUCCCUGCUUUGCGUGUGCAAGCGGAAGAGUGCAGCUCAGAGCCAUGCGCUUCAGUCCAUCUCCCCUCCUUUCAGGCAUGCCUGGGUUGAGAACUGUCACUAUAAAAGAAACAGCUCUUCCCAGAAAGCAAGGUCACCUUCGGAAAGGAACUCUGCAAAGACGGACAUAUCCAGUGUCCAGCCAAUUGUAACAGGGAACUAAACCACUGAACUGAUGGGCAGAGUCCCUACAUCUUGAACCUAGAGAGUUUGGCGUACUGAAUGGAUUUGUAUUAAACUGCAAUCAUAAUCAACAGCCUGGGUAAUGGAACAUGGAACCUUUUGGACUGUAGUGGUGAAAGUAGACCUAAUUAUGACUACAUAUGUUUUUGGGUGGAAGCUUAUUUAAGGGCAAAAACCGGCAAAUGAAAGGAUUUCAUGUCUUUGAUGUAUUAAUGAUGUACUCAAGAUUAAUUUGUAACUUUUGUAACCUUUUUGGGAUUCGUGACCAGGAAGCAUGGCCCCCUAAUUGUGCUACUGCUUCUUCUAUUACACAGGGAGUCAUUUUAAAGUCAGGAUUAAUCUGAACCAAUUACUGUUUAUUCCUUCACCACAGAGAGUUUUACUUCUGAAAGAUAGGUACAGAGUAUCUUAAAAAGCAAAUGAGAACAAACCUAGAAUUGUAGCUACAAGUAUAACUGAAAAUGCAAAGUCUGAGAAAAAUAAAACUUUUUUUAAAUAUAAUUAGUAGCCAUAAUGAAGCAUAAAUGAAAUUUAUGCAGGAAUCUCUGAACAAGUAUGAAAUGAUUCAGAGGAGGUGGUUUACAAGAAUUAAGAAGCUGAUUAAACUGACCUUUUGGUAACAAACAGUGUUAUGUAUUCUGAGGAUGACACCCACACCCACAUGCUACCCACAUAUUUUCUAUGAAACAGCAUUUUGAGAUCUCAGUUCAGUGCAGAACCUCUAUGAAUGAGUAAAGGAAAAUCAUUUAAGAGGAUUUUUCCAUUGUUCUGUUCUCUCCCAGGUUUCUAUCCCUACGUAGGAAACAUUAAAUUGGGGAUCAAGGUUUGAGAGCCUAUUUCAUUUUUCAUUCCCGCACACUCUGGCACUGCUGGCUUGAAUCUAACAUAAUGAAAGUCAUUGCCCUCCAACAGCAUUUCACUGGCUGUUGUGAAAAUACCUAUUGAUCUCCAUACAGCUCUCAGUGCACAGGUGUCCACAGGCCAGAACCCACCACAAAAUGGGCAGUACUCUUGGCAGAUGCUAGGGAAACCCCUAGAAUAGAAUGAAGUGGAACACAUUUCCCUGAUCCCUCCUGAUACCGACUGAAAUGCAGUGACCUGAGCACACAUAAACAUUAUGGAGAAAUUUGCAUUGCUAUUGUCCAGUGUGUGCCAGUCCUGUGGCUGGACACACGAUUAUCUAGUUUCUAGGGCUAUGCUAGAAUAGCACCAUUAACACCUGUCAUUUGCAAAGAAAACCAGCACUGCAAUUUUGAAUUGUAAGGAAUAUCAUUCCUAAAUGUGAUACAAUUUAUUUACAGAUGGAGUGCUCUGAGUUUUUAAAUGUUCACCAAAAACAAUUUUUACUAUUUGUGGUUUGGUCAGAAAACUCAGAUGGGCUUCUAUCAUGCCAACAUUAUUUUCUACACUUAGUACUUCUUUCAGGAUAGGAAUCAUAAUACAUGAUGAUGCUUUUGUAGUUGCUAAAUAAAGCAUAAUGUUUGGCAAAAAGCCAGGUAAUCAUCUAAUUUUUAAAUCAAUAUUUUUCUAAUUCAGAAAUCAACAUGUAGUUUUUAAAAUCCAAAAGGCUAAAGACAAAACUGACAGUCUUAGAUGGAAUGAGCUCAUUCAUAAACAUAGAUAUGUUCUCACUGUUAUGCAUAUAACAUUAGGCUAUCACGUCACAGUUGCUAUAAAACUGAUGUUGCUGCAUUUGUGAAUGUUAUCAUUUUUAUCAUUGAGCAGAGUUCCUAAGUAGAUAAUUAAAUAGCUGUAGGGCUUCAAAAUGCUCGGGAGAGCCUCUCAAAGGGGUGUAUAAAGGUCUAGACACACAGUGGAUUAAAUUCAUCCCUGGUGUAGAAAAGUGUAAUUCCUAAUGAAGUCAGUAGGAACUAUUAAGUUUACUUACCAGAGUACUAAAUUUGGCUCAGUGCUGGUUAAUAUUAAAGGGCUGUGAUAUGUAUAAUGUCAUUCCAGCUUCUCAUCACAAUUGGAAGAGUAGUUAUAACAACUGAAAUACACCAGAUGACAGGAAAUACUGAGGCGCUUUCCUUAGGAUACUGAAGAAAACACGGAAAUUUUAACUCAAAUGCCCUUAACAAAUAUCAAACUCCUUUUGCAUUAAUGAUGGUACUUUGCCUUAACUAAAUCAGUGCCUUGUUGGAACUGCAUUUGCACAGAGAACAAUAUACAGGAAGAUAUGAACCCAAAUAUGAACUAACUCAGAGAGGAAAUCUCUCUACAAAAAGAACAUGACACUUCUGAAUUUGCUUUUAAUUUACUUAUGGAGAAAAUGUAUAAACUAUUGAUAUAUAUGGACUUGUAAGUAUUUGCUUAAAAUGUCUGCUUUAUUACUAAGUAAACUCUAUAUUGAGUUGA